AUGACUCGACGACCCAUUUCAUUAAUCUCUAGACUUCGCGAGAAGAUCUAGAGAUUGCCCACAUCAUCUUUGUCCAAGGAGAGCCUUCGAGGCCGUGGACACUGCAUGACGAUCCUCCCGAACGCUUAGGAUUCCGGUGCAUCGCCGACGCAUCGCCGUCGCGACGCCGAAACUCUAUUUUCCUACUUUUAACUUAAUUUACUCUUCAUUUAGUGAUAAUUUUUGUGAUUUUAAUUUAUAAAAAUAUACUUUGUUCUAUUACGAUUCUUCUGGCUUUUACAGAUCUUAAUUUGAUUAAUUAAAUCGUCUGUAAUCACUUACGUAAGAAUUGUCGGGUGGAACUCUAUUUCCGCCCAAUUCGCGUUCACCGGGCGCUGGCGUCAUCCUGACGCCCGCACCCUUAUUUUCUUUUUUUCGUGAAUCUUAAAUAUUUUCUUGGUAAAUUUAAAUCACAUAAAUUAUCACUAAAUGAAGUGGAAAGAAAGUUGAAAGUAGGAAAACAAAGUUCUGACGUCGCGGCGGUGAUGCGUCAAUGAUGCACCAGAACUUUAAGUGUUCGGGAGGAUUGUCAUAUAGUGUUUGAUGUGACUUAGUCGUUGUAUGUUAAAUCACAUAAAUCGAAAAUUUAUAAAACUAGAAAAGACAAAUUCAGAUAUUUAGAAAUAUUUCUGAACAAAUAUAUCAAUUAUAAUUUAAUUAAAUUUUCAAAAAUAGUAAUAAUUUUCCAGGUCGAUAAUAGGGAUAUAAUAUAAUAUUUGGUAAUUAUUCAGAAUUUUCCUCAAAGAAUACUAUUUUCUAUGAAUUUAAUACUUAGAAAAGAAAAGGAAAUAUAUUUAAAAUUCACGAAAAAGGAAAUAAGGGUGCGGGCGUUAGUAUGAUGUCAGCACCCGACAAAGGCGAAUCGGGCAGAAAUAGAGUUCUGCCUAGCGAUUCUUACUUAAGUGAUUAUAGACGAUUUAAUUGAUCAAAUUAAGAUCUAUAAAAACUAAAAGAAUUGUAAUUGAACGAAGUAUAUUUUGGUAAAUUAAAAUCACACAAAUUAUUACUAAAUGAAGUGGAAAGUAAGUUCAAAGUAAGAACACAAAGUUUUGGCAUCACGAUGGCGACGCGUCGAUGAUGCACCAGAAUCCUAAGCGUUUGGGAGGAUCGUUGACGUGACUUAAUCGUUGUAUAUUAAAUCACGCAAAUAUAAAAUUUAUAAAACUAGAAAAUACGAAUUUUCGGAUAUUUAGAAGUAUUUCUAAAUAAAUAUAUCAAUUAUAAUUUAAUAAAACUUCCAAAACUAGUGGUAAUUUCCCAGGUCGAUCACAGGGAUGUAAUAUAAUAUUCUGUAAUUAUUCAGAUUUUUUCUCAAUGAAUACGAUUUUCUAUGAAUUUUAUACUAGAAAAUGAAAAGGAAAUAUAUUUAAAAUUCACGAAAAAAAGGAAAUAAGGAUGCGGACGUCAAGAUGACAUCAGCGCCCGGCGAACGCGAAUCGGGCGGAAACAGAGUUCCGCCCGGCGAUUCUUACGUAAGCGAUUACAGACGAUUUAAUUAAUCAAAUUAAGAUCUGUAAAAGCCGCAAGAAUCGUAAUUGAACGAAGUAUAGUUUGGUAAAUUAAAAUCACACAAAGUAUCACUAAAUGAAGCGUAAAUUAAAUUAAACGCAGGAAAAUAGAGUUCUGACGUCGCGACGGCGAUGCGUCGGCGAUGCACCGGAAUCCUGAGCGUUCGGGAGGAUCGUCAUGCAGUGUCCACGGCCUCGAAGGCUCUCCUUAGACAAAGACGAUGUGGGCAAUCUCUAGAUCUUCUCGCGAAGUCUAGAGAUUAAUGAAAUGGGUCCUCGAGUCGUCUCCUGCGGCUAUCACCUGGCAGAGUGGAAAAACGGCGACUUUGCGGCUCUCCGGCGACUGUCACCCGACGGAGAGGAGCUGGAUGGAGGUGGGGCGCGUGUCAGGGAGCUUCAUCCUUAGGUCCGCGCAGCAAGAGGAGGCUCUUCAUCGCAUCUAAUACGCUCUCAGGAGGUGGCGACUCGUCUCCCAGCGGAUCAUCCUCUUCCCAACGACUGCUUGUUUGUCGAUCAAUCGGAGAUGAUUUACUCGAUGGAUUCGCGGUCCUUUUAUCGCGAAUCGUUCAGAAAUUUUAGUAGCAAUGCUCCGCGAAUCGCGUUGACGAGAUUUUCGCCGAUGAUCCAACGAUUCUCGUUGCUUAAUCCUUCACCGGCGAUCUGUAGGAAAGUCGCGAUAAUCAGAUAAGAAAUAUAUGAAUUUUGACUCUGGGAGGAUUCAAACCCGCGCCGGUCGCCCGCCUGUGAGGAAGGUGUGACGCGGGUUUAGUCCCACAUCGGUUGUGCGCCGAUUUUUCGAGCGAAUAUAUAGUAAUGUUAGCUUUGGAAGCAAAGUCACUUCUCUCGCGUGUACGACCACUCCUUGCCCCACAACCGGCUGGCCACCGGUGACGUGGAAGGGGAGUGGUGCACAUGUGCCCCUAUCGGUCCAAGCUAAGCCGCUCGAGCCCCUGCUCGCGGCUACUCCCGACUGCGCUUCCGACCCGCUUGCGGGCCCGGCUGGCCGGCGGGUCCCCCCAUUUUGCAAUAUUUUUAUUUUUAUUUCUUGUUCUUCAUUUAUCUCAAAAGUAAGACUGUAAAAAUCAUAUAAAUUCGUAUAAAAUCACAUAAUUACCCAAAAAUUCACGUUAAUCAACUGAAAACUACUUUUCACACUUUAACACAAAUAUAAGUCUAUUUAUCAUGAGUUAAGGCUAAAACUAUAUUAUUUACUAAUUAUUAACUCAUGAUAAUGAAGACUUAUCACACCCCCCAACUUAAAUCAUUGCUAGUCCCUUAGCAAUGGAAUUACGAAAAUAAAAAUUUACAAAUUUCAAACAUCAUAUUUCAAUACAAAAAAAAAUAAAAAUACAAUUAGAAAUGAUGCACCUUUAGACACUUUGGACUCUUAUAUCAAGUCUUUAAGAAUGAUGUCAAGCACUUAAAUGUUUAAACACUCCUUGGAAUAACAAUCUAGACUUCACUUCUUCUAUUCACAUCUUUAUCACUUCUUCACUCAUAGAUGUAUUUACAAGAUGUUCCAAUUAUCAAUACUCAUCCAAGAAUAAUAUUGAUCCUACAUUUCCUUUUUUCUAUGGCUUGAUUUUUGAAGUUUGCACUACAUUUCUUCUUUCUCUUUUUUUAUAUAUAUAUAUAGUGGAUAAGUAGCUUUUCCUAUAGACAAAUUUCGACAAUAAGAAUGAUGUCUCACACCCUCCAUGUGUACUCUUCAUUUUCAGGGCUUUCACUUUAUCCACUUAUUUUGUAGCAAGUGUUUUUCUAUACACGAUUUUCGACAAUGAGAAUGAUGUCUCACACCCUCUAUGUGUACUCUUUGUUUCUAGAUUUUUCACAUUGAUCUCUCUUUUUUUUUUUUUCGAAAUAAGUGAUUUCUCCUCACAAGUCCUAUAGAUCAGGGUGCAAAAAUCUCCAUUAAACUCAAAUGAUCAAUCAAAUCUUCACAUCAAGUAAAUAUUAUCCAUCAAGAUCAUGAAGUGAAAAUUUGUAAAAUCAAAUCCAUGUUAUCUAUCAUGUAUCCAAGGAGUAUUCCAACAUUUCAUGCUACUAGAUCAUUCUUUUGACUCAAUAAUAAUCUUCCUAGUAUCUUUUGGUAUCAAUCAAUCUAAUUGAUUUAAUUUUUCAUGCAUGCAAUAUGAUGUAAGAGAUUUGUAAAUUAGAUAGUUCUGACAUUUCUGUUUUUUGUUUUCAGUUCUAUUUUUAGCAGCAAUAAAUUUGUCAAAAAUAAAUCAAAACUAUCUUCUUUAUAGCUGUAAUUUCGAAUUUCAGUAAUAUAUAUCUAGGGGAUUGAAAUGUGAGAAAAGGGUCUUCUAGAAUUUCAAAUUUCGAGCUGUUUUUUGUCUACUGUUUUUGACAGUCUGUUGUUUCUGACAGAAAAUCAGAAAAUAGAUGUUGCAGUUUUUCCGAAUUUUAUUUUAUUUUUAGUUUUUUAGUUGCUGUUCUAAGUUGAAUACAAUGCAAACACAUGUUCUUAAUCAUCUUACAGCAUAAAUUAAUAAUUAAUACUUCACCCCCCAACUUAAAAAUUACAUUGUCCUCAAUGACAUAGAAAAAUCGAAACAGAAUAUGCAAAAAAUAUAAUUUUCACGUGAAGCAUGCAUAUAUGCAAAGUUAAGCAUUAAAAAUGUUGUCAUAAAUGAUAAAGCUCCGGAAGACAUCACCUCAACCUCGUUUUUAAUUUUCCACUUCGUCUUACACUCCUCCUCCUGCACUUUUUUGAAAAAACAAAUACAGAAACAAGUACUGCGAAAUUCUAAGAAAAACAGAGCUUAAAAAAAAUAAAAAUUAAACAGAAUGAAAUAAAAACCAUGGGUUGCCUCCCAUGCAGCACUGAAUUUAAUGUCUCCAGCUGGACAGCUCUUAGAUCAUAUAAGAUGAUCUAUGGCCAUCAAAAUAUAUUUGUAUCCCAAGGUAAGUUUCAUAAUAUUCUUUUUCAGAUUUAGCAUAAAUUCAUAUACUUCAUAUAUAUACCUUGACAUACUUUCAGCCAAAACAAAAUGGAAAUUAACAAAAUUUUCCCAAAAAUAAUAUUUCCAUUUUGAAAAGAACCUUUCCUCAUUUCUAUCUUGUUUUGUAAGGCUUUCAUUCAUUAAUAAAUACUUUCUAUUAAUAGACCAUAAAAUGUGAUCAGGCCAUAUAAUUUUUGAAUUAGCUCUUACCCAAUCUAAAUUUUUUUCAUCUAAAUUGAUAUCUCUAAUUCUUCCAUUCAUCCAUUUCUUAAUGUCUUCUUUUAUCUGCAUAAUCUUCCCCUGCUCUAUUUUAUCUUCCAUACAUAUUUGUUCAAUUUGUGAGGAGUGAAAUAUUUCAAGCUUAGAAAUAGUUCUAAUGGGCUGUAGGUUUUGAAGGAUGGAAGGAUUGUCUUCUUUAAUCUCAGAUCUAAUGAAUUCAAUAAAAUUCAAAAUUUCUCCUCCAAAAUUAUCUCUAUACUCAUUCAUUAUUUUCGUUUCUCCCUAUUAGUUGAAUCAACUCUUUUUCUAACUUUUCAUUUCUCAACUCAUCAAAUUCGUCAUCUUCCCAAGAGCUAUCUUUUAAUUUCGGUAUAUGAUAUACAUCAUCAUCCUCACAAUCAACAUCCAUAGCUACAAAAUUAUGAUUAGAUUCAUUAAUUUCGUCUCCUACAUCAACUGAUUUUUCCUCACCUGAAAUAUGUUUUUCUUCAUUUCUGUCCAUACUCCCCUUCUACUAAAAUUUGGAUGAUUUUUCCAUGAUCAGCUGUUGUUUCUUCAUCUAAGGGCUCUUUCUCCUCAUCAUCCUCACUAUAUUUAUUCAUCAAUUGUGAGCAAUAAAUUAUUUUAUUCAAAUUUUCUGCUACUAUAUUUUCAGCAUUAAUAUUCUCAUUUACUUCUAAUGGCUCAUCGAUUUCUUCUAAUAAUUGGAAAUAAGGAUCAGGUAAAAUAUUCUCACUCAAUGUAUUCACUGACCUAACAUUUUCAUUUCGUGGGUUUUUUUCUAAAUUUAUCCAGCUAGACUCUCCUUGUUGAAAUCUUACUGUUGGACAGUUUUUUGGAUUUUUUAUGGGCUGACUAGGUGGCUGUCCCUCUUCUCUCUUAUUCCCAAGAGCCUCUAUAAUUUGUUUCUGGUGCAGCAUCAUUUGAUUCAUAGUUUGUUGCAUCAUUUGGCUCAUUUGCUGCAUCAUUUCUAUAGUAUCAUGUUGGGUUUGAGAGGACUGAUUUUUCUGAAAUCUAUGUUCCUGUUUUGGACGAAAUUCAAAAUGUGAAUUGGAUCUAAGUGCUUCUAGAUUUUGAAUAUUAUUUGGGUUUCUCCACGAAAAAUUAUUCCCCCAAUUAGGAUUAUAAGAAUUAGAAAAAUAUUCUCUAUUUUUACUAAAAUCGUGGGGUACUUGCACUUGUUCUUGCCUAGGAUGAUAUUGAAAUUCGAAAUGAUCAUUUUCACCAUACAUAGGACCUAUACUAUUUGACUUAAAUUGAGGGUUAAGAGGCUUUCUAAUAUUAUCAAUAAGUAAAUUAAGUUUUUCUAAUCUUUAAUUAAUCUGAUUAACUUCAUUUCUAAGUUUAGAAUCAUCAUCAUGAUGCAAUUCAUAAGAUUUACACUUUCUAAGUAAAUCUUUGAAUGUUUCCCAUGUCUCAUGUAAAGUUUCUCCUGGUCUUUGAGAAAAAUUCCAUAUAUGUUUUCUCAUAUUUUGAGUUUUUCCUAAGGGAUAAAAUUUUCGAAGAAAGGCCUGUUCUAUGUCUUUCCAGCUAGUUAAUUCUCUAUCUAAUGUGGAUAGUCAAUGACUAGCUUUGUCCCUAAGUGUAUGAGGGAAUAAUUUCAUCUUAGUAAUUUCUGGUGUAACUUGAGGGAGAUUAACUAAAUCACAGACCAUAUGAAAUUUUUCUAAGUGCUGAUGAGGUUCCUCUAAAGGCAAUCCAUGAAAAUUAGGGAGCAUUUGAAAAAUUCCUGGAUUUAUUUCGAAUUUAACAGUGGGUGCUAAUGGGACUCUAAUAUUGGAUGCUCUUUGAAAUGAAUCAGGGAUAUAAUGAUUUUUCAUGGCCAUAGGAUUGUUCUCAGUUUGACCUGUACUUCCUUUAGGAUCCAUCAAAAUUAAUUUUUCUUUCGGAUUUUUAUUUUUGAAUGAAAUAAUGAAAGGAUUUUCUAGCCUUGGAUGCAAGGAUCUUCUACCAUGCAUAAAAAUCAAUAAAUUCGAGGGAAAAAGUUAGUAUCUGUUACCCUCCUUCAGGAUGCUCCAGUCCUUGCCUUGCUUCUUUUCGUUCCCUUUUUCUAAUAAAAUUCGGCAAAAAGAAAAUAAAACAAGAGUUAAGUUUUUUUUUUUGUGUACUCUAAGAGAAAAACAAAAAAAUACUAAAUAUUAUGCAAUACAUCCCCGGCAACGGCGCCAAAAUUUGACGUGACUUAAUCGUUGUAUAUUAAAUCACGCAAAUAUAAAAUUUAUAAAACUAGAAAAUACGAAUUUUUGGAUAUUUAGAAGUAUUUCUAAAUAAAUAUAUCAAUUGUAAUUUAAUAAAACUUCCAAAAAAAGUGGUAAUUUCCCAGGUCAAUCACAGGGAUGUAAUAUAAUAUUCUGUAAUUAUUCAGAUUUUUUUCUCAAUGAAUACGAUUUUCUAUGAAUUUUAUACUAGAAAAUGAAAAGGAAAUAUAUUUAAAAUUCACGAAAAAAAAGGAAAUAAGGGUGCGGACGUCAGGAUGACGUCAGCGCUCGGCGAACGCGGAUCGGGCGGAAGUAGAGUUCCACCGGCGAUUCUUACGUAAGCGAUUACAGACGAUUUAAUUAAUCAAAUUAAGAUCUAUAAAAGCCGGAAGAAUCGUAAUUGAACGAAGUAUAGUUUGGUAAAUUAAAAUCACACAAAGUAUCACUAAAUGAAGCGUAAAUUAAAUUGAAAGCAGGAAAACAGAGUUCUAGCGUCGCGACGGCGAUGCGUCGGUGAUGCACCAGAAUCCUGAGCGUUUGGGAGGAUCGUCGUGCAGUGUCCACGGCCUCGAAGGCUCUCCUUGGACAAAGACGACAUGGGCAAUCUCUAGAUCUUCUUGCGAAGUCUAGAGAUUAAUGAAAUGGGUCCUCGAGUCAUUUCCGGCGGCUGUCACCCGGCGGAGUGGAAAAACGGCGACUUUGCGGCUCUCCGGUGGCUGUCACCCGAUGGAGAGGAGCUGGAUGGAGGUGGGGCGCGUGUCAGGGAGCUUCAUCCUCAGGUCCGCGCAGCAAGAGGAGGCUCUUCAUCACAUUUGGUACGCUCUCAGGAGGUGGCGACUCGUCUCCCGGCGGAUCGUCCUCUUCCCGACGACUGCUUGUUCGUCGAUCAAUCGGAGAUGAUUUAAUCGAUGGAUUCGCGAUCCUUUUAUCGCGAAUCGUUCAGAAAUUGUAGUAGCAAUGCUCCGCGAAUCGCGUUGACGAGAUUUUCGCCGAUGAUCCAACGAUUCUCGUUGCUUAAUCCUUCACCGGCAAUCUACAGGAAAGUCGCGAUAAUCAGAUAAGAAAUAUAUGAAUUUUGACUCUGGGAGGAUUCGAACCCGCGCCGGUCGCCUGCCUGUAAGGAAGGUGUGACGUGGGUUUAGUACCACAUUGGUUGUGCGCCAAUUUUUUGGGCGAAUAUAUAGUAAUGUUAGCUUUGGAAGCAAAGUCACUUCUCUCGCGUGUACGACCACUCCUUGCCCCAUAGCCGGCUGGCCACCGGUGACGUGGAAGGGGAGUGGUGCACAUGUGCCCCUAUCGGUCCAAGCUAAGCCACUCAAGCCCCUGCUCGCGGCUACUCCCGACUGCGCUUCCGACCCGCUUGCGGGCCCGGCUGGCCGGCGGGUCCCCCCAUUUUGCGAUAUUUUUAUUUUUAUUUCUUGUUCUUCAUUUAUCUCAAAAGUAAGACUGUAAAAAUUGUAUAAAAUCACAUAAUUACCCAAAAAUUCACGUUAAUCAACUGAAAACCACUUUUUACACUUUAACACAAAUAUAAGUCUAUUUAUCAUGAGUUAAGGCUAAAACUAUAUUAUUUACUAAUUAUUAACUCAUGAUAAUGAAGACUUAUCAAUCGUCGUGCAAUGUCCACAACCUCGAAGGCUCUCCUUGAAGAAAGACGACGUGGGCAAUCUCUAGAUCUCCUUGCGAAGUGUAGAGACCAAUGAAAUGAGUCGUCGAAUCGUCUUCGGCGGCAUUCACCCAGUAGAGUAAAAAAACGGCGACUUUGCGGCUCUUCAGCAGCUGUCACCCAAUAAAGAGGAGCUGGAUGGAGGUGGGGCGCGUGUCAAGGAGCUUCAUCCUCAAGUCCGCACAGCAAGAGGAGACUCUUCAUCACAUCCUGUACGCUCUCAAGAGGUUGCAACUCGUCUCCUGGUGGAUCAUCCUCUUCCCGACGACAGCUUGUUUGUCGAUCAAUCGGAGAUGCUUUACUCGAUGGAUUCGCAAUCCUUUUAUCACGAAUCAUUCAGCAAUUUUAGUAGCAAUGCUCUGCGAAUCGCGAGACGAGAUUUUUGCCGAUGAUCCAACGAUUCUUGUUGCUUAAUCCUUCAUCGGCGAUCUGUAGGAAAGUCAUGAUAAUUAGAUAAAAAAAUAAGAGUUUUGGCUCGGGAAGGAUUCAAACCCGCGCCGGUUGCCCGCCUUUUCUGGUGAAGGUGUGACGUGAGUUUAGUCCCACAUCGCUUGUGCGCCGAAGUUUCUGGCAAAUAUAUAGUAAUAUUAAAUUUCUAAUCAAGUCCCUUUCUCGUGCAUGUACGACCACUCCUUGCCCCACAGUCGGGUGGCCACUAGUGACGUGGAAGGGGAGUAG